AUGGUUUUAUACUUUUAUCCCGGCGACGACUGCCAAACUGGACCUGGCUCUGGGAGGCAGAGCAGACUAUCUUUUCUACCAGAUCCCAAGGCUGAUCUAAGCCAACCUGGGCCCAGCUCUGGGAAGCAGAGUAUCUCUUGGCAACCAGCUCCCAAGGUCGAUGCUAGCAAGCCAGGACCCAGCCAUCGGCGGCAGAGCAGCAUCAUCGCCUGGCAACCAGGUCCCAGAGGCGAUGCGAUUCAAGCUGGACCCAGCCGCGGGGAAAGCAGCGUCUCUAAACAGCCAGGUACUCAGUACAGGAGAGACAUGCGGCUGACCAUCCCAGGCGGCGAGGAACUGCGCGGGCCUCAGAUGCGCCCGCUGCUAUGGACGUGCGCCAUGGCUCUCUACCUGCUGAUGGGCGCUACGAUGUUCCAGUAUAUCGAAGCACCACUGGAGCGCAAAUUGGAAGAGCACCUCCAUUACCUGAAGGUCGCCUUCCUCAAGGAACACCCUUGUCUCUCAAAUGUUAUCUCUAUCUCUAUAUAA